AACAACCCCAAACGCCAAUUUAUCAACUCAGGCUCAGCUUAUUAUAAACGCAACGCACCACACCCCUCUUACAUUUUUUUCUUUCAUUCAGUACUUUUUUUCAUUUUCAUUUCAAGAGAUACAAAGAAACCUCUCUCUCUCGCUCUCAGUUCUCGUUUCUCCAAUUUCCAUCUCUUCUUUCUGUGUUUGGUUACCGAGAAAACGUACGGACCGCGGUUCCGUUUUCUUUUCUUUCGUUGAAGGCAACAGGCAUUUGAAUAAUCAGCACGAUGGUUUCCUUUGAAAUGAGCGAUCGAAAGAAAAUUGGGCUAGGAUUAACGGGAUUUGGUGUAUUUUUCUCAUUUAUGGGAAUUGUCUUCUUUUUCGACAAGGGACUGCUUGCCAUGGGAAAUAUCCUUUUCAUAUCAGGAGUGACCUUAACCAUUGGCCUGAAAUCCACUAUGCAAUUUUUCCUGAAGCGACAAAAUUUUAAGGGAACAGUUUCGUUCUUUGUUGGCUUCUUAUUUGUUGUCAUUGGGUGGCCUAUCCUUGGCAUGAUAUUGGAGGCAUAUGGAUUUAUUGUACUCUUCAGUGGCUUUUGGCCAACACUGGCAGUGUUUAUACAGAGGAUACCUAUUCUUGGUUGGCUUUUCCAGCAACCAUUUAUCCGAACGUGGUUAGACCGAAACCAGGGCAAGCGUGUACCUGUGUAAUCCCCACAUACAAGAGGAAUUGGAACAAAUGGUAGGGUAGUUCACUUGUAAGUCUUUGUAGAAAACUGCUUUGAAGAAGACUGAUCUGUGUUUUUUUUCAUGUCUUGUUGAUACGGUGAUGUCAAAAUUCUUGUUAUACGAGUUAGGGAAUUUUUUUGAUCAAAGAAUAGAAAGAAAAAGAAAAGAAAAACAGAAGUAAAUGCACUAAUUCUUAGCAGUUUUGUGGGUUGUGACUUGUCUAACCAGGCUUUUAUUUGCUGAACUAGAGAUAUGGAGAGGAGAGUUGGGUUGAGUUGGGUUGAGUUGAGUUGACCAUUUAAGGUGACAUAUUUCAAUUGACGACGGGUUCGGAUUCUUUCGUUUUUUUUAGUUUUCAAUACUUCUUUAAUCAUUAUUUUCAUAUAAUUAAAGAGUCGGAUUUUACAAAAUGUGAAUGCCAAUGAACAAUGUAAAGAAAAAGUAAUGGAAUAGAUCUCAAAAGGAAUAUGAGUGUAGUAAAGAAAA